AUGAAGUCACAAGAUUCACAAAACUCCAAUAAAGUACCGCCACGUGAAGAUACGGGAGCCAACACCGUAUCUCAAACAACCAACAAGGGACAUCCACGACACCAUGCCCACGUACAUCGAAAAGGUGUAAACCCAAAUGAAGGAACACGAGAUAACGCUGGACCUAACCAAACACAAAAUAAAGCUACAUUGGCCAAGCAACCAUCGCAUCUAGCUUUCAAUGUACCUGCAUCGCUUCUAACUUCGAACAGCACAGAACAGACACAAUCUGCAGCACUGUUAGCCCCUCAACGUGAAAAAUCAUUCGAUCAAUUAAAGAGGUCACGCACAGUCAGUAGUGGCAGCGAAUAUGCAGCUUCUGAGGCAGAUUAUGUCGAUCGUGAAUUGGAAAAGUUGAUAUACACAUAUGGACCAUACACCCCAAACAAAAUCGAUAAUAGACAGGUACCACGACCGGUCACACAUGUUGAUAGCAACGAUGUACAGCCCACAGAGGCACCUGUACUUACACCGAAUUAUACAGAAGAAACAACAGUCAAAACGGGUGUGUGCUCCAAGAGAUAUUUGAGCUUAACACUAGAUGAGGUACCACUCUAUGGUGAAACUUUGAACAGGAUUAAGAUACCUCUAGCGGCAGUUGUACAGCCAUUUGCGGAGGAACUGGAUAAUAAGAUACCUAUAGUAGACCUACUCUCGGAAAUUGGGGAAACUGAUCCUUUAAGGCAGAAUCUGAUACGCUGUCCUCGUUGUCAAGCAUAUUUCAACCCGGCUAUGGAAGGUGAUUCCAGGCUAGAUUAUCGGAUAUGCAAUUUCUGCUACACAGGGUUCACUUUAACCGAUCUAGAAUUAAUGGCUUUGAAUAAUUUAAAGGCACAGGUAGCUGAGGGGUCGGAUGUAGCACCCAUAAUGAAUGGCAGUAUCGACUUCGUGGCACCUGCACGAUAUUUCAUGCCAAAAUAUGAACAACUGCAAAAGAAACCAUCUCAAAUUGCGUCGCUCAUCUCAAGGGCUAGUGAACUCUCGUCUAAGAUAUCAAUGUUGAGCAUUGGAUCUACUCCCAAGGAAGAGGUUGUUUAUUCAACUUACAGUGUCACAGAACCGACUUCUACUAACCCAUUCCCAUACGAACAAUCAGUCAACGCAUUAACAGCUGGGGAUAGUGACGCUGAAGAGGAAAAUACUGGCAGUAUUGUGGCACCUCUCACCACUGUGACCACACCAAGGGCCAGCACCCAGGGAGAUUGGAAUGAUGGUAUCACGGUGGAAACGCGUACUCCAGGGUAUGUCAUUGCUGUGGACGUAACUUCCACUUCAAACGCUCUCAAAUUGAAAGAGUGUGUAUUGUCAUGUCUCAAAGAGACUUUUGAAGAAUGUAAAGCGAAACGCAAACCUGUAAAAUUCUGUGUUCUCACAUUCGAUUGCGUUGUUUAUCUAUACGACCGGCAUCACGAUAACAUAUUUGUAAACGUGGUAUCGGAGGUAGCAGAUGCAUUUUCUCCAAGUUGCGUUAGCGAGCUCUUUGUUGAAUUCACAGGGGACAACCUAGAUGAGGUUAUGAAAUAUUUGGACAACAUUUCACGAUUCACUACACCACCCACAGGAUCGUUAUCGUGUGGUAACUUUGCAUUGUCGGUUGGUAUAUCGCUACUUGCUGAUGCAAAUAUGCCGGGGACAGUAUCCAUCUUCUAUGCGCAGCCACCCGAAGUGGGAUUAGGGCAUUGUCCCAAACCACAACUCACAAGUGACUUCAGCUUGGAUGAAUCGAUGAAGAUAGCUUAUGAUGGGAUGAUUAAACUAUGUUAUGAACAUGCCAUAGCUGUGGAUAUAUACAUUUGUGCAACACAAGAACGUCUGCCAGCGGAUGUACCUAUGCAAUAUAUUAGCCAGCAGACUGCAGGUUUGGCCUGCUAUUUUUCAUGCUUCAACGCAGUGGCGUAUGCUGAAAAGAUUACAAAGAACCUGGUAAGACUAUUCGUAGUUCCACAUGGGUACAACUGUGAACUUAAACUAAGGGUUAGCAAGGCUAUAGACGUACAGGAAAGUUAUUGCCCGUUCCACAAUGCACGAUCUUAUAUCGAUAGGGCCACAAUGCGUGUACCUCGGUUGUCACCAGAUAGCGCUAUUUGUUUCUUGUUGAGCAUGGAUGAUGUCGUGACAGAUCGCCGUGAACUUUAUGUACAACUUGCUUGUAUGUAUAACUCCAGCGUUGAUGGUAGGAAACUAGUACGGAUACAUACCCAGUCGAUGAAGAUAUCGACCAAUGUCCACAGCAUCUUCAAGAGCGCUUGCUGUGACACCUUGGUUAACUACUAUGCAAGGAAAUUGGUGUAUAACAUGAUACGUUCUGGGAAGGACUGUAAGAAGGCUAUUUUGGAUGAGGUGGUAGGCGCGCUUGCAAGUUACCGUAAGCUAUGCGCCCCGUCUACCCCGGAUAAUCAACUUAUACUCCCAGAUAACCUGAAAUAUCUGCCAUGCGCACUCAACUCAUUGUUCAAAAUAGUCAACGCUGGUGAACAGGGUAUCGAGUUUCUACAGAAGAUGCUACGUACAUUGCUGGCACCGAUACAGGAAACUAUGUACGUGUACUCCCGAUGCUAUUGCCUGCAUCGCAGCGUACACGAUCCUAAUGUUACCGCUCCUGAGGAGGGUUGGCAAUUUACAUGUAAACCAGUCUCUUCCACAAUCACCAAGGUAUACAGUGACGGCAUCUACAUCAUCGACGAUGGUUAUAAGAUAGUUUUGUACUUUGGCCCGCAUGUCCGCUGGGCCUUAUUACAAGAGUUAUUCGGGGAAGAUUUACUGCUGGACGAGAAGACGUCCGAUAGGUUACGUAUAUUGGACUCCACCCCAACGGCGCGUAGCCUACUGGCUGCGAUAGAGCGUGUUAGGGCGUGUCAUAUAGGAGGUCAAUAUUUGGGUCUGAAGAUUCUACCGUACUCGUCCCGCCAUCAUCGGCUUCUCAAAUUGUUACUACUGGAGGAUGAAUCUGGUGGCGAAUUGAGUUAUGUAAACUUUUUAGUGCAUAUACACAAGUUGAUUCGGCAAUCUGUAGAUGACGUUGUCGGCUGA